GGAGCCAUAGAUUGCAAGAUACGUGGUGUUACCUGGGGAAGUCAGAACAAGUAAAAACACAUUGAACUUCAGGGCUGUAUAAACAGUUGAUCAAGACCAAGGCUUGCUCGUUUCUCCCCAGCCUGCCCAUCCUGGGUUUUUGUUUUGCCCUUUUUGAAACCCCCCUGCUUAUUUUCUCUGCCCUAAUACAGUACCAGAGUCAGCUCUGGCCGCGAUGGCUUUAGGACGAGCUGGUUGUCUGAUCACCGCUGAGUUUUUACAGUGCGACCGGCUUUGCUCCUGGGUCGCUUCAGAAAUGCUCUCGACUGGGAUUUAACCGGCAGAGAUCAGUUCUUUUUGUGCAUUUUUAUGGCUCAGUCCAUUCUCUAGAUCAUGCACAGAAACUUUCGAAAGUGGAUUUUCUACGUGUUUCUAUGCUUUGGAGUCAUCUAUGUCAAAUUAGGAGCUCUGUCAUCUGUGGUGGCUUUAGGAGCAAAUAUCAUCUGCAACAAAAUUCCAGGCUUGGCCCCUCGGCAACGAGCGAUCUGCCAGAGCCGCCCUGAUGCCAUCAUAGUGAUUGGAGAAGGGGCACAGAUGGGAAUCAAUGAGUGCCAGUAUCAGUUUCGGUAUGGCAGAUGGAACUGCUCAGCACUGGGAGAAAAAACGGUCUUUGGACAAGAGCUUCGAGUAGGAAGCAGGGAAGCUGCGUUCACCUAUGCCAUUACUGCUGCCGGGGUUGCGCAUGCUGUCACUGCCGCCUGCAGCCAGGGCAAUCUCAGCAACUGUGGCUGUGACCGAGAAAAACAGGGCUACUACAACCAGGAGGAGGGCUGGAAAUGGGGAGGCUGCUCUGCGGAUAUCAGAUACGGCAUUGAGUUCUCCAGGAGGUUUGUUGAUGCCCGAGAAAUCAAAAAGAAUGCACGGAGGCUGAUGAACUUGCACAACAAUGAGGCUGGAAGAAAGGUUCUUGAAGAGAGAAUGAAAUUGGAAUGCAAGUGUCAUGGCGUAUCAGGUUCCUGUACAACUAAGACCUGCUGGACCACACUUCCUAAAUUCAGAGAGAUUGGAUAUAUUUUGAAAGAAAAGUAUAAUGCUGCAGUACAAGUGGAGGUGGUACGAGCAAGUCGGCUCCGGCAGCCAACUUUCCUGAAGAUUAAGCAGAUUAAAAGCUAUCAAAAACCAAUGGAAACCGAUUUGGUGUAUAUUGAAAAAUCACCCAACUACUGUGAGGAAGAUGCUUCCACAGGGAGUGUUGGUACCCAAGGACGCCUCUGUAACCGUACAUCUCCCAAUGCGGAUGGGUGUGACAUGAUGUGCUGCGGAAGGGGUUAUAACACACACCAGUACACCAAGGUGUGGCAGUGUAAUUGCAAAUUCCACUGGUGCUGCUUUGUCAAGUGUAACACGUGUAGUGAGCGGACAGAGGUAUUCACCUGCAAAUAAUAGCAUUUAAAUAAACAGAACAAGUCACUGCAAGUGGACAGAAAGUGGAGUACAACAAACAACUACAGCAUCAUUUUGCACAUCUAAUUUUCUUUGGGAAAAAAAAAUUAAAAAAAAAACAAACCACCCCAAAACCAAUCUCUCCCUACUAUUUACCCUUCUAAAGGAUGAUGUGUUUUGGCUGGCUGGCCAUUGUAACUGCUUUGGAAAUAAGGGCAAGAGGAUUAAGGUGACGUUGAAAAACACAUGCAAGUUUUCCUCCUGUUUUUUUUUUUUUUUUUAAUUGCAGUCUGGGUGUUGUAGAGUUUUCCAAUUAGGAUUUUAAGUUAUACAUAUCAGAGAAGCUGUCUGAAUUACAGUUCCCAGGUGAUGUAAAGAAAAAAAAAAAGACUUUUUUUUUGUAAAAUUUGAAAAAAGGUAAGAAACCCCCCCAUCCCUGUGCAAAUAAGACUUUUUUUUUUAAAGAACUUUCUUUGAAAAGAAAAAAAAAAGAAAACCCAGCAACAUUGCUACAAAAAACCCUAAUUUCUAACAAGGCAGGUAUAGUAAAAACUAAGACUGAUAGUGAAGGAAAAAUAUAAAAUGGAAAAACUCCACUAUCGGUUUGACGUUUAAAGUUCACAAAAUUAUGUCAGCUGCCAGUGACACUGGAACUCUUGGAAUGAACAUUGAAAGAUUAUUAUUUAUGUUUUAAUAGUGUCAAAAAUUUUCUAAGCACUAACGGGUAGCUAUGUCUUAAUUCUGUACUAAAUGUAAACUUAUUGGAAUUCUGACUUUAUGAUUUUUGUAUUUGGUUCUCCCUAAGUUCUUCAGUGCUACUGAUCUGUUGUCACUCCACUAUUAGAGAUUUCAAUUACUGUAGGCCUUAAAGCAAGUAUGAGAAUUGAACAAAAAAAAAAUAAAAAGAAAAAGAAAAAAAAAAGAAAAAAAGAAAAAAAAAGAUCAUGCAAAACUGUGGUUACAAAAACUUGAUAUAGUUGUUUCCUGCCAACCUCUGAAAAAUAAGUAGUCUUACAGCUCAGGGGUAAGGCAGGGAGCAUCUAUUUUCAACUUAGCAUGAGGAGUUUUAGGACACAAGGAUAUGCUUCAACAGAUAUGAAAGAUUUUGCUUUGAAGACAAAUACAUUGAUAGGAUCUUCCAAGCAAUUACACUUUCCUUUUAAGAGUUACAGCUUAAUAAUUCCUAGGACAAACUUGCCUACUUCCAAUAUUUUAAAGAGCUUAAUGCUCAUAAGCCAGGUAGCUAAUAAAAAUACAGUAGCUGAACUACAACUUAUGAGUUAUGAUGGCUACAUUAGUGUACCACAAAAAGCAAAGGAAUUAUGGGGUUAGUAUAUUUUAUUCUUAAAUGUCACAAUUAAUCUAAGAUUAGCAACAAUAAAUUACCCUUUCCUGGGGUAAAUAUUUGAAUGUUAAAAAAAAGAGAGAGAGAGUUUUCACAAUACCCUUCUACUCCAACUCACACUCCAAAAAAGGAUUCCAGCUGUUUAGUACUGUAGAUCCUGGUUAAUUUAACCACAAGAGCCAGAUCUGUCCAACUGCAAUAAAACUACAUAGCUUAUUUUAUAGCAAGUAUUCAGUUGUAGUGUGACUCUCUAUCUGGCUUUCAGGAAACUUGGAUGAAGUAUUGUCUAAUGGUGAUAAUUUGAAUGUGCGCUUUUGCUUUUCAAAGAGUCAUUUGGGAAUUCUUUCCAAGUAUGUGGCUCUACAUGUUUUAAAACUGACUGGAGAUAUCUCAAGGCACCAGGCUUUCAAGUGCUGACCCCUUGCUCUCUGGAAAUCAGACCUCUUCCAGCAGAGCACCUCGAAGCUGAGGGGCAUGUCAAGACAAGCGCGGAUGUGCAGUAUGCAGCGCCACAGACCCAUUACAUGUGCCACACAUUCAGACAUUUCCUGCACUCCUAAUUUGCAGCACAGGUGUGGUUUUUUGACACUGGAGAUCCCAGCGUUAAAAAAACCUGCACCUUAAAAUAACACAGCAGAGCAUGUGACAGCAGCAUGUACUGCUGGAAACCAGAGACUAGCCAGCUGAAGCCACACUCCAGCUACCAGCUAGGUGCCAUGCUGCUGGAUUGCUGUGGCUCCAGCCUCCAGCCCUUAGGACCCCAGGUAAGGCUACUAGGGCCAGCCCAAGGUUUGGCCCCAGACUCCCCUACCCCACCCAGGGCAACAUGCCAUGCCAUGUGCCAGAGCACGCAUGCAUGGGCAUUUCCUAGAGAAAAACAUUAGUGGCACAUAUUGUGCCGCUGCUGUUUGUCCCCAGGGAAAUGCACAUUCCCACUCCUGGGUACAUGCCCAAGGAGUCCAAAUUACUUUUGUUCAAGGUGAAUACAGCCCUUGUGCAAAGGAGGGCAACUACAUUAAUAUUAAUAGGGUCAUCCACACUUACACUAGAACCACUCAAAGUCCCUCGACUCGUGGGUAUUGUUGUUUAACAAUAAAAUAUAUACUGUACUUUCACUUAAUUCUUGACAGGAAGCAAAUAAAGCUCCCAUGCACAGUCAAAUGGUACUAGAUACUGUAAAUAUAUUAGAAUAGUAUUUGUUGAGUACAAUUGAGGAAUCCAAUUAAGUUAUAUUAUUGUAUAUCGUUUAAAUGUCUAUAGAGUAUUUUAAAUUAUUGUGAACUACACUGAGUAAAAAAAAAAUAUAUAUAUUAUUACACCAACCACCCUGAAAAGUGGACCAAAAUGACACUUUCUUAGUUGCCCCUCAUUGAAAUAACUUUUAGCUAUCCUGAUAUUUCUACUGUGGAUUUGAUUUCAAAAUUAAAAUUCUUCAGAGCAGCUUUGCUCUUUUAGGGUGGGGUGUUCAGAGAGGUACUAUAGAGCACAGAGCAGGGGGCAACCACAGCAGUGCAUGGACUUUGAGCUAUGACUGGGAAAAGAGCAGUGCAUUUUGGUUAAGAUAGCAUCACUGUUGAUAUACUGUAGCACAUGUGAAUAAGACAGUGACAGCCUUCUAACAAUAGCUCAUGACUGCAAUUAACUUACAGAUAGCAUUAUCCUAAACAAAUGCAGUUCAAAGAGCUGUUGACAGUAGAACGUUUGAAUGCUAACAGCAACACAACACGGUUUACAAUAAUUAGAAAUGACAGAGCUCAAAAUAAUGUAUCUUAUUAAAGAAUUUAAGAACAAAGAUCAAUGUUUACUAUGUUAAUGUUUUGUGGCAAGGAAAAAAAGAAAAUGAAACAUGUUUCAUUAAAACUUAACUUUUACCCCUUCCA